UUUGGCAACCUGCCUUCUGACUCAGGUACUGAAGGCCAAUUUCUGGGGCAGAAGGCAAGAGUAGACACAGCUGCAGGCUGAGGAGGUAGAGGGAGGACUCUAUGAGAGGAGGGAAAGAAGAGAGUUCAUCCAAGUCUGAGGUCCUCUUUCCCUGUGGCUUUCAGCUGCCCCGCCCUUCCCCUAAACCCUCCUUGAACCUCAGCCUGGCUUCAGUCCUGCCCACUGCAUACUGACUGGCAGAGGCAUGACAGGCAGAAAAAGAGAGAGAGAGAUCCAGAGAGUCAGGAGAAGAAAGUGGCAGAGACAGACUUGGGGAGAUAGGGUGAGAGAGAAAGAGAAAGGGCAGAGCAAGAAAUGGAGACAGAACAGAGAGAGAGACAAAGAUCAAGAGACACAGAGACAGGGAGAGAGAGUAAGAGACCAAGGCACAGAGACACAAAAUGAUUCAGAGGCGGAGAAUGGAGAGGCAGAAGCAAAGUGCGACAUAAUACAGAAUUUCAGAGACAGAUGCAAGAUACACAAACACAGGGGAGGUGUGAAAAAUGGGCUUACAGAGCAUGAGAAAACGCCAACUCAGACAGGGAAAGAGACUUGCUCAAGGCCACACACCCAAGCCAGUGGCAGAACUGGGCUCGAACCCAGAGAAUUAUAGUGCCCAUGUGACCAAAGGUACCCGGCCUCCACCCCUGGCCUUCACUUUGCUCCAAGCCUCAUAACUCCAACCCCCAAAACCAGGCCCAGGGCCCUGCAUGGCAAAAAAUGGGUGAGACCCUUCAGCCAAAGAUUGAACAGACCCAUGGAACAAAACAAGGCUAAAGAGGUGCACCAGCCCUGGGGCGGAGACUGGAAAGUAGGAGGGAACAGGAAAGCUGGUAACAGGGUAUCCAGGGUUGAGAAGGGAGAGUGUUGACAUGUUGUGGGGUUGUUAACCAAUGUCAUAGAGCAAUGCGUGUACUGUUUGAUGAGAAACUAGUUUGUUCUGUAAACCUUCAUCUACAGUUUAAUUAAAAAAAAAAUGGGUGAGAGGCCUUUGCCCCCAACCCAAGGCAAACAACCGCCCCUGACCACAGUGAGGAGAGCAGAGGUCCGCAGGCUCAAGAAGGGUGAAGGAGGGAUCCCCAGACACAGCCCCCACCCAAGGCUCCACUCCACCUGGCUGUGAGCCCUAGGGCUGCACCCAAAAAACUGCAGGGGGGUGGGAAGGGAUUAAGGUUCACUUGGAGAACAAAUAAGAGGUAAGGGUGGAGAGAGGCAAUUUAAGAGCAGUCCCUGCCCCCAAGACAUCCCGAGAGCUGCAGGGCACAUCUGGAGCAGACCUUGGCUGUCUGCCAGAGCACACCUCUGGCACCCCACAGCUCAGCAGGUAAAGGGCCUAGCUGAAGGUCACAAGGAGAAUGGGCAGUCUCAUAAGAGGGGGUCUCUGGCUCCAUCUCUCUCUGUGUCUAAGACUGGUUUGCAAUCUCCUUUGCCAUCUCCACUGAGGGUUGUCUGGUCUCUGGGUCCCUCUUUCUGGGGGUCUUUCUGGGGCUCUGUUCAUUCAUUUGACAAGUAUUUUCAGGGCACCGAGGGUCUGUAGCAGCACUUCUCACAAAGGAUGGCACCUCUCUCUGGAUUGUGGCCCCUUGAUUCUGAAUAUUUGAUUCUCUUCUGUCACUGUUUCCACUUCUGCCUCCCCUCUGUCUCAGUCCUUCUUGGUUUCUGUCUCUUUCUCUCUCUCCAUCUCUGUCUCUGUGUAGCUCUCUUUUUCUGACUCUUGGUUUCUCUACCUCUCUCUCUUCUCCCGUGGUCUGUGUUUAACUCUUUGUCUCCUUCUGUCUCUUUCUGUCCACCUCCAUUUCUCUAAGUAUGUACCUCUCUCCAUCACUCUCUCUUCUGUCUUUCUAGCUCUGUGUCUCUAGUUCCGUCCCUUUCUCUAGUCUCUGUCAGUCUCUUUCUGUGACUUCCUCUUCCUCUGGUUCUGUUUCUGUGUCUUGAUUGGUCUGCCUCUGUCCCGUGUCUCUAUGUCUAUUACUGUCUUGUGUGAGAGUCAGUCUUUUGAUAGGUACAUGAUAGAUAGACAUACAGACACACGGACAGAUGACAGAUAAAUAUGGUAUAGAUACAGACAUCUAUAGAUACAUAAAUACCUCACUCUUUUUCUGUAUCUUCCAUUAUCUACUUAUGUCUCUUUUAGUCUCUCUCUAGCUCUAUCUUUCUUUCUGGUCUGUCAGUCUAUCUUUUUACGUCUCUCUCCAUCUCUCUCUCUUUUUCUGUGUCUCUGUAUUUUGGCUAUCUCUGUUUCUGUUUUCUAACUUCCUCUCAUUCUCUCUACUUUCUCCUUCCCUCCCUCCUCCCCUACCCCCUGACCUUUCCUUGUCUCUACCUCUACUUCCUUUCUUCUCUCCGUCCACCUGAUUUCUGGGGCCUGGAGAACGCAGGCGGCAGGUGCCCAUGGAGAUCCCUGCCCCUCCCAGCCCUGCCUUCUCCCACUUUGCCCUCCAGACGCUGGAUGCUGCCUUCACCGUGGACACUGUAAGCAUGACCAUCUUGCUCCUGCUUCUGGCUCUCACCUGCCUGCUCCUCACCCUCCCCUCAAGGGGCAAGGGCCGGCUGCCCCCAGGACCCACUCUCCCACUCCUGGGAAACCCGCUGCAGAUUCGCUCCCAAGACAUGCUGACCUUCCUCGCCAAGCUGAGCAAGGAGUAUGGCUCGGUAUAUACAGUGCACCUGGGACCCAGGCGAAUGGUAGUCCUCAGUGGGUACCAAGCCGUGAAGGAGGCACUCGUGGACCAGGUGGAGGAGUUUAGUGGCUGCGGAGACUACCCCAUGUUUUUCAACUUCACUAAGGGCAAUGGCAUCGCCUUCUCCAAUGGGGAUCGGUGGAAGGUCCCGAAGAGGUUCUCUACCCAGCUUCUGAGGAACUUCGGGAUGGGGAAGAGGAGCAUCGAGGAGCGGAUCCUGGAGGAAGGCAACUUCCUGCUGGCAGAGCUUCGGAAAACUGAAGGUCAGGGUCCCCGACCCCUUGACCCGUUCGUUCCUCACCCUCAGGUGAGCCUUUUGACAUUUGUGAUCAGCCGCUCCAUGUCCAACAUUAUCUGCUCGGUGCCCUUUGGUAGCCGCUUCGACUCCGAUGAAGAGGGUCUGCUCACCAUUAUUAGCCUCAUUAAUGACAACUUCGAAAUCAUGAGCGGGCCCUAGGGAGAGAUGUACAACCUCUUCCCGAGCCUCCUGGACUGGGUGCCCGGGCCACACCGACGCCUCUUCCAGAAUUUCGGGCGCUUGAAGGACCUCAUUGCCCGCAGCAUCCGCGACCAUCAGGCCUCUCUCGGCCCCAGCUCUCCCCCGGACUUCAUCGAUUGCUUCCUCACCAAGAUGGCACAAGUACGCCAUGCCGGGAAGUCUCACCUCGGUCUGCCCUUCUACAUGAAUACUCUGCUAAUGACCACACAUAACUUGCUCUUCGGUGGCACCGAGACCGUGGGCACCACGUUGCGCCACGCAUUUCUCGUGCUCAUGAAGUACCCAGAAGUGCAAGCGCGAGUACAGGAGGAGACAGACUGCGUAGUGGGGCGCGCGCGGCUGCUGUCUCUGGAGGACCGCAGCGCCAUGCCCUAUACGGACGCCGUCAACCACAAGGUGCAGCGCUUCGCAGACCUCAUCCCCAUGAACUUGCCGCACUGCGUCACUCGGGACACGGCCUUCCGCGGCUUCCUUCUACCCAAGGGCAGGGAUGUGAUCACAUUCCUUAACACCGUCCACUACGAUCCCAGCCAGUUCCUGACGCCACAGGAGUUCAACUCAGAGCAUUUUCUGGGUGAAAAUCGCUCCUUCAAGAAGAGUCCUGCCUUCGUGCCCUUCUCAGCCGGGCGCCGACUGUGUCUCGGGGAGCCGCUGGCGCGCAUGGAGCUCUUCCUCUACCCCACCGCCGUCCUGCAGAGCUUCUCGCUGCAGCCGCUGGGGGCGCCCGAGGACAUCGACCUGACCCCGCUCAGCUCAGGUCUCCGCAAUUGUCUGCGGCGCGUCCAGGUGCGCUUGCGCCCGCGCUAAGGCCCUAGCUCCGGCCCUUCUAGA